CCGGGGACCCCGCGUGCGGGGAUGGCGGCCGCGCCGAGCGCCCCGAGGCCCCGCCUCGCUGGCUGGGGUCGUGGGUACGCGCAGGAUGCCACUUACUCGCUGAGGGCUGCCGGCACGGGUCCCCGGCUCUCCGUCCGCCCCAGGACUCCGGUUGUCGUGGUAACCGAGGCCAGCGAGGCGUGAGCCUGCGUCGUCGCCAAGGAGAUGGCGACCCGGACGGGGCAGUCCGGCCCACCCGGCCGGGGAAAAGCGGAUGGGAAAACUGAGGCCCAGAUAGGAAAGCCGCGCAUCUCGGGCAGAACCCAUGCAGCCGGACUCGCAGCCACCGUCCACGACACAGUCCAGGGCUCGACCUGCACCAACGCUUCACCUCAGCCCCGCGAGCCGCGGGAGGAUCGUGACCCCGCCUCCAUCCCCAAGGGCGGAAGGGAGGGCCCCGGGGGCGGUAUCCAGGCGCCCCCACCUUCACGGAAAAUGGGUGGCUCCUCGGGAGCUCUAGCCGGCCCUCUACUCAGACCUGAGGCUCCUACGGGGCAGGAGGCUCAGGCCGGUCGCCCCUCUAGGCCGCGGACUUCCGCACAAGCCCGAGGUAGAGCCCGCACCGCCUCAGCUCCGGAACCAACUAGCCGACCCCGCCGCGGCCCCGCCCGGACCGGAAGCGCAGGAGUCCUGGCGUUCGGCCUUCGGGGUGCCCUGAGCGGUCGGCUCUUGGCGCCCAGAAGACUGCCAUCUCCGUGGUUCUCCGGGCCGGGGCGGCGUCAGGGUCCCUUUUCUCAAAAGUGACCAGAGGAGGCCGGUACGGACAGGCUUGAGAAAAUGAGGUUCUGCCCCGGGUCCGCCCCAGACUCUGCUGGGUAGUUCAGCGGCGGAGAACCUGGCGGGAGGGGAACCGGCGAUCUUGUUCAGGCUUGACUGGGCCUUAGGGUUACCAUGGCGACCCCUCAUUCCCCCGCCCCCGCAGGGGGCGGUGAGAACUCCAGCUUCCGGGUGAAGCUGGAGCCUUCCUGCGAUUCGCCAUCGUCUUGGAGACGCAUUACGUCAUCCAGGCAGGCACUCACUUGGAUUCUGGUGAUUGGUCGUUCCCAGGGAAGGGCGGGGCUUCCGGCCUAGGUCCAAGCUGUCAGUCGGUUCCAAGUGUAGGACUGAGGUAGGCCGGAGCGUCCCCCCAAAGGUUUAGGCCGUGUCCUUAGACCCCCGCAAGAUCCCCAUGGCCGGGUCCUCCCGCUCCGUGACCAGUAACUUAAGUUCCCGCCUCUACUUCCGCCCAAUCCGGAUGCCUGGUUCUCCCCCCAAUUCCUGCCUCUGAGUCCCCCCCAAAUCCAGGUCUCUGUUUCUCUUGCAGGUAAGGCCUUAGAUUCCCCUUCGAGUCCAGGUCCCCGUUUCUCUCCCAGUUUGUGCCUCGCACCUCCAAAUCGCAGCCACCAGAAUCUGUAUCUGUGAGACUUCUGAUUUCAUAUAUCUGGUCUCCAAGAUUUGAGAUCCUGUACCCACUAAUUCUGGAUAUUUGGAUGUUCAAAAUGUGUUUCUGGAUUUAUCCUUAACCCAAGCCUCUGAGACCCCUAUUAAUACCCUGUCCUAAGGUUUCCAAAUCCAGCCCAGUUCCUCCUCCCCUCUAUUCUUUACCCCAAGUGCUGCAAGUGAGAAGACAGGUCCGGAUUUGAUCCAGCGUUGCCACCCCCGUCCUGCACAUUCUGCCCUGUUGCCUCACUCCUGCCCCCAAUUCCAAAGAGCCACCAUGAAUGCAUGGUCCUAAUUUACAGCUAAGCAAACUGAGAAUGGGGAAGGGGCUUAGGCUGGCCCACCUAGCAGGUGAACUGGCCCAGGCACCUCCCUUGCCUUGAGGUCUAGACCUUCCGCUCCUGUAGCACGCACCCAGGCUAAGCCAACCACUCCUGUGAGCCCAGGUUUAGACUCAUGGUCAGUGGCCAAGGCAGUGAGAGGCCCAGGACAGUGGGAAAGAUAAACUUGUUCUCUGCCAGGCAGCUGUGGGAGGCGGAGACACAGUCCUGCAGGAGUUAGAGGAACAA